GAGAACUAAGUCUGAAUCAUGUUACGGGGUAUACUGAAGUUUUUGUUAUCUAUUUUCUUGAUUUUGGGUGCUUGUGAAGCUAUGACGAUGAAGCAAAUAAAAAACACAGGGAAAAUGAUGAGAAAAACUUGCCAGCCCAAAAACAAUGUAGCCGACGAAAAAAUCGAUCCAUUGAAUGAGGGAAUUUUCAUCGACGAGAAAGAAGUCAAAUGUUACAUAGCUUGCAUCAUGAAAAUGGCCAAUACGAUUAAAAACGGCAAAUUAAAUUUUGAUGCAGCAUUGAAGCAAGUAGAUCUUCUGUUGCCUGAGGAAUUAAAGGAACCCACUAAGGAUGCUAUGAGCGCUUGUAGGAAAGUCCCGGAUGACUACAAGGACAUAUGCGACGCGUCAUUCCACGUCACCAAAUGCAUUUAUAAUCACAAUCCGUCAAUAUUUUUCUUUCCAUAG